AACGCAACAAUGCAAAAUCAAACAUUACCGCGGGUGCUCUCUGCCAGUGUAAGCAGUACAAAGUACAUUGUUUUUGUCCGCAAUUGAAUUGGUGGUAUAAGCAAUAUUCAAUUAUAAAACCCUGUUCGUUUGGGUACCGAAUACAUCAGUCCACUGCAACGUGAAGAUACAGUGACAUCGGAAGGAGCCCAUCCAACUCUACCAGAACCAUGAACAAGUUCGUCUUCAUCGCUUUCUUCGCUGUGGCCGUCAGCAGUGCCUUGGCCGACUACCCGAAACCAGCAUACCACGCACCAGCACCAGCACCAGCUCAUCAUGCCCCCGCUCCGGCUUACCACGCUCCAGCUCCAGCUCCGGCUUACCACGCUCCAGCUCCGGCUCAUCAUGCUCCAGCUCCAGCCUACCACGCACCAGCUCCAGCCCACCAUGCCCCAGCACCUCACUACGGACACGGACACGCUGCCCCCGCUCCAGUAGUUCACACCUACGCUGUGCACGCCCCACACGCCAAGUGCGGUGCCAACCUGCUGGUCGGAUGCGCUCCCAGCGUAGCCCACGUUCCAUGCUCUCCAGUCCAUGGACAUGGUGGAUACGGACACGGACACGGAGGACACGGUGGACACGGAUACGGACACGCCGCCCCAGCCCCAGCUCACCACUACCGGGCACCGGAAUCCGAUGCCUUCGAUCAGUUCGAGGAAUAAGUGGAUCGUUCAAGAAAACCAAAAGCAGAGCAUUAAGUUGUGGAAGUGAAUAUACUCAAUGAUGAUGUAGGGCGAUGCAAUGAAAAGUGAUUAGUGCAAUCGUUGUGUCUUUUAG